AGUUUCCAGGGCAACGACGAUGUGAGAUGGCGGCCGGUCGUUGUUCUCAGCCGCUGCUCGAAUUCCUUAGAUCCCAAUAUCGACUGGUAGCUAAAAUAGGCGAAGGGACGUUUUCAGAAGUCUGGAAGGCGCAAAGCUUAAAAGAUGGGACCUACUACGCUUGUAAAAAGAUGAAACAAUAUAUUGAAAGCAUGGAGCAAGUGAACAAUCUACGUGAAAUUCAAGCCAUGCGCAGACUGAGUUUACAUCCUAAUAUUCUUCAGUUACAUGAAGUGGCCUAUGAUAAGAAGUCUGGGUCUCUUGCUCUAAUAUGUGAACUAAUGGACAUGAAUAUCUAUGAGCUUAUACGAGGGCGGAGGAACCCAUUACCUGAAGGUAAAAUAAAGAGUUACAUGUAUCAACUAUGUAAGUCCCUUGAUUACAUGCACAGAAAUGGGAUUUUUCACCGAGAUGUAAAGCCAGAAAAUAUUUUAAUUAAGCAAAACUUACUGAAGUUGGCAGAUUUUGGUUCCUGUAGGAGUGUCUUCUCAAAGCAGCCAUAUACAGAAUAUAUUUCCACCCGAUGGUAUCGAGCCCCAGAGUGCCUUCUUACAGAUGGGUACUACAGUUUCAAAAUGGACAUCUGGAGCACAGGCUGUGUUUUUUAUGAAAUAACAAGCCUACAGCCACUUUUUCCUGGUUCUAAUGAAGUCAACCAAAUUGCGAAAAUCCAUGAAGUUAUUGGAACUCCAAAAUCUGAAACCCUAAGGAAGUUCAAGCAAACACGGGCUAUGAGUUUUGACUUUCCCCAAAAAAAAGGAACAGGAAUAUCUUGCCUCAUUCCGCACACUACCUCUGAGAGUAUUUCACUGAUGCAUGCAAUGAUGGAGUAUGACCCUGAAGAAAGAAUCACUGCUAGGCGUGCAUUGCAGCAUCCUUAUUUUCGCGAAUUGAGAUUUGCUGAGAAACAAGCUGCUACUAUACAGUGUAGAGUUAAAUGCUUAGAAGAGAAUGAGAAUCUAAGUCCAGCUGUGGUGCACAACCUCUGGCGAAUUCAUAAGGGACGCAAGCAGCAUACAAAUUAUCCACAGGGACUUCCGAUACGACGCCAAAUUCCAUCAUAUCCUGUGGAACUACCAAAGCUGAAUGUGCCAGGCACAACAAAGAUUGUUGCUUACCCCAAUCAGACUUUAAAGUCUGUCUUUCCAACGGCAUCACGGGCUGAAAAUGGAACUCUACCCCAAGUGGGAUCCGUACAAUACAUUGGAAAAAGCAAGUGUCCAGGACAACGGAAACCUACUACAAAAUGUUACAAUUUACCCUCUUCUACAGAAAGAAAAAGUGAUGGCUACUGAGAACAAUUACAAUUCAAGAAAUUUCAAUAACCACUCCUUUACACAUCAAAGCUCUUGUAAUGUUUUUAAAAAAAAGUUGUAAGAGACCAUAUUUUAAACUGUCUUCCACUGGGAUACAGGCCAAUCAUUGGGUUUGUGCCUUAUUCCUAACUUCAGUUUUUAAUCAAAUGACACAUUAGCUAAGGAUUACAAUCAAAUGUUCAUUCAGUUGAUAUUGGAAGAUCAUGUGUUAAAAGCUCACAUUGUUUGGCUUAUUCCAAUUUUUUCAGUAUGACAUUUGAUAUGCUGAUCUGAAAAAAAUUGGCACUUUAAUACAUGUAACAAGUUUCAAUUUAGUUGUGGAAUUAACCUGAGACAAGGGUUCCUAUUAUUAGAUAAAGUUAUUUUA